UGGAGACAAUAUGUCCUCAGUUUCGUUCCCCUUCUCUUGGUUUAGCCCUCGGCUCAAGUGAAGUCUUAGGAGGACCAGCCGGGGGCCAUUUACGCGGGAAAUUUAUAGCCGGCAAAGGCGCAAGCCGCUAAAAAGCUAGGGUUAGGGUUUGGAGGGGGUUGGGUUUGAGAAUUAAGAAGCCAAGGCAAGGUUCUCUCCCUUCCUCUCCUUCUCUUCUCACAGGAUGUUGGACAUCAAUCUCUUCAGAGAAGACAAGGGUAACGACCCCGAGCGGGUCAGGGAGUCGCAGAGACGGAGGUUCGCCAGCGUCGAGAUCGUCGACGAGAUCAUCCGUCUGGACAAGGAAUGGAGACAACGCCAAUUCGAGCUCGAGAAUUUGCGGAAGGAUUUCAAUCGCAUCAACAAGGAGGUUGCCCGGCUAAAAAUCUCUGGAGGCGAUGCAACGGAGAUGAUUAAGAGCACGGAUGAGAACAAGCAGCUGACGGCAAAGAAGGAAAUCGAAGUCCAGGAGGUGAGGGACGUAUUGUACGCCAAAUUGGAGACCGUUGGCAACCUCGUCCACGACUCUGUCCCUGCUUUCCUGGAUGAAGAAAACAAUCAAGUUAUUCGAACGUGGGGUGAGAAAAGGACGGAAGCAAACUUGAGAAAUCAUGUGGAACUUGUUCAGCUUCUCGGGAUUGCAGAUCUCAAUAAAGGAGCUGAUAUAGCUGGAGGAAGAGGCUUUUAUUUGAAAGGAGCUGGUGUACUUCUUAAUCAAGCAUUAAUAAAUUUUGGCCUUAUGUUUUUGACAAAACGUGGUUAUCAGCCACUUCAGACUCCAUUUUUUAUGAGAAAGGACAUCAUGGCUAAAUGUGCUCAGCUGGCACAAUUUGAUGAGGAGCUUUACAAGGUUACUGGAGAAGGGGAUGACAAGUAUUUGAUUGCUACAUCGGAGCAGCCUUUAUGUGCCUAUCAUCUUGGUGAUUGGAUUCACCCCACACAACUUCCACUUAGAUAUGCUGGAUAUUCUACUUGCUUUCGGAAAGAAGCAGGUUCACAUGGCCGAGAUACUUUGGGCAUUUUUAGAGUGCAUCAAUUUGAAAAAGUUGAGCAGUUCUGCGUUACAGGCCCUAAUGGCAAUGAUUCAUGGGAUAUGCAUGAAGAAAUGAUAAAAAAUUCUGAAGAAUUUUACAAAGAGUUGAACAUCCCCUAUCAGAUAGUUGCCAUUGUUUCUGGUGCUUUGAAUGAUGCAGCUGCGAAGAAAUAUGAUUUAGAAGGGUGGUUUCCUGCAUCGAAGACAUACAGAGAGCUGGUGUCCUGUUCAAACUGUACAGAUUAUCAAUCCAGAAGGCUAGAAAUCCGAUAUGGGCAGAAAAAGGGCAAUGAUCAAGUGAAGCAGUACGUUCAUUUAUUGAACUCCACCCUCACGGCAACAGAGAGGACAAUAUGUUGCAUUCUCGAGAACUAUCAAAAGGAAGAUGGUGUGGAGAUACCACCACCUCUGCGUCCCUUCAUGGGCACUAGCUUCCUUCCUUUUCAGAGCAAGCCAGCUGCGGAGGUGAAGGAGAAGAAGUCCAAAACCAAGGGAGAUGGUAGCAACAAGAAACCUUCCUCGUGACUGCUGUUCGAUAUUAUUUGGGGUUAUCUUGGCUCAUACUGUCCGUGAAGUAUAUGUCGUUUUUCACCUACAUUGCAGAGUAUCAUCAUUCUAUCAUGUUUAUGGAUGUCCGUGGAAUUUCCCUCUUCCAGGGACACUUGUUUGUUGAAUUUUGGAAGAUCGAUUUUUUUAUAUUGGAAUUUCACUUGAUUGUUGUAGUA